AUGGGAAUCCUUUACGCCUCGAAAGAAAAGCAUACCAAGUAUUUCCACCAUGGCUACAUGGUGGACACGAACAUAAACGUCAGAGACGACUUGGAGUUAUACUCCUGCAAAUUUUUGCGCAAGGGGGAGAGGAGAAUCGUCCGCAGGCUGCGUAGAGACGUGUUGUACGGAGCUACCUUCGAUCAUCUGUCAAAGCUGAGGAUGCUCACCUAUGACACCACGAGCAAAAUGCCGCCCUACUUGCUUAAAGUUUACAAUAUGUACGAGGACGCGAAAAGCGUGCAUGUCGUCAUGGAGCGCUGCACCGGAGGAUUCAUGACGGACAGCCUCCUGGACAACGACAGCGUCAUCAGCGAGCGCCUCCUAGCAGAGUGGUUCUUCCAAAUUAUAAUCGCCAUGUCCUUCCUGGAGAAACAAAAUAUACACCACGGAAAUCUAAACGGCUACUGUAUCUAUUUAAAGGACCAAAAAAGGGACGAAGUGAGAGUCAGUCUCUUAAGCAAAGAUAAAAAAUAUGACAACAUAGACUACAACGGAGACUUAUAUGGAUUAUUUUUCAUCAGAUCCCCACAGGAAAUCAAAAAAUUAAAUCAUGACAAGAAUAACACAUGGUACAUUGGUCUCCUACUCUACUUUAUGUUGACUGGUUCUUUUCCAUUCUUUAGCAAAGACGCUUUGCAAACAUAUUCAAAAAUUGCACACGAGGAAUUUUCCUUGACCCAUUUGAAAACACAGUAUAGCAAAUUGGGGAGUCCCAUUUUCGACUUCAUAAAGCAGUGCUUGGAGAAGGACUACGACUUGCGCCCAUCUCUGUGCGAGCUCGCGGAGCAUCCGUGGAUACGGGGUUAG